AUGAUGGUUUCAGUACAAGAACCAGCGGGCAGAAAGCGACUGCUACCUUCCGAGGGAACAAGAACAGCGAAAAAAUUGCGAAAUAAUGAAGAUCAGGAGGCUAUUAAUAUCGCUGACAAACCAGCUGCAUCAUCAGGCUCAUUCAAUGAGGUAAUGUACCUGAAAUACGUCAAAUCUGCAUUGGACGCUUUAGAUAUCAAUGAUUCUCUUCAAAUUGACACCCUUGCAUCAAAGAUAAGGCUACCCCUUGCUCAUAAGGAAGCCAUAACAGUGCCCAACUUCAAUAUAACUCUUAAGUUGUUAAUAUCCAACAUAUCCAAGCUCGAUAACAAAUCGUGCAACAACCUUAUAACGUCGGUUUUGGAAUACCAGUGGCUUUCAGUCGCUGAAUCUUUAAACGAGACGUCCGCCCCUCAUUCUGCAUCAUUCAUUGACCUUUACUCCCAUUUCCUUUCCAUCCUUGUGUCAUCCUUCCCCAAGUACCUCCAUGAAGUCACCACUAAGUUGAUCAAAGAAUUCACUCAGAAUACAUCUAAAUUAGCGCAUCAUAACAUCUUAAGCAAAAUCAUAAAGUAUAUCCCUACAUCUGUGAACACCCUCCCAAGGAACUUGCAAAAGCAGUUCCCACAUCAUUUGGGUUCAUCUACGAACAGUUUAACUAACUACGUUGAAAAUUUACUAAAGAUCUUGACGUACUGUCCGGAACUUCAAUAUGACAUCUGGCAGAUGAUUAUUGAAUGUUGCAUUAAACUAGAUGUUGAGUUACAGAAUGAGUUAGAUGACUUAGAUGACGAUGAGAUCGAAGAGAUCAUCAAUGGAGAUGACGAGGAGAUUGUUUCCGGCAAUAAAGAGGAUGAGAAGGUAGAUGGAGCAGGGAACGAAGACGAGGAUGCUGAGGAAGAUGACGAAGAUGAAGACGACGAACGUGUGGGCCAAGUGGAAUACCUAAUGGAAUCGACCAGGUCUACAGCGACUAUUAAGAAGACCCUGACUAAACUUGACUCUAUCAUCUUCCUUCUUCUUAAAACUACCGAGAAUUCAUUCACCACUGAGGAAUUGAACCACGGAAACGGUGUGUAUCUUUUUAAUACGCUUACGUCAUUAUUCAAGUCCCAUAUUUUGCCCACACAUUUCACCAAGCUGAUUCAAUUCACUUUGUUUCACGUUUCACAAUAUCAACCUGAGUUGGCAGAUUCAUUUUUGGUUCUUUUGAUUGACGUCGCAUUUAAUACCAGUGAAAUACUAGAAAAAAGAUUGAAAGCAAUGCAGUAUCUUUCUUCGUACAUCGCAAGGGCUAAGAAUCUUUCCAGGCAUCAAAUCGUGUUUGUCGUUAGUUACCUAAUUGGGUGGCUUAAUAAAUACGUUAUUGAAAGAGAAUGCGAGGUAUUCGAAAGUGAUAACGAUAAUAAGGGAAGAACUAAAGGAGGUAAUAAUAAUGGAGGUAUGGAAAGGUUUAAAUUAUUCUAUGCAGCCUUCCAAGCCUUAUUGUACAUUUUCUGUUUCAGAUACAAUAUGCUCUACAAGGUAGAACAAGGUGCUACUGCUAUUGCCAGCUCAACUUCCAAUGUGAGUGCCAGUACAAGUUCGGGCCCUUCUAGCGAAAACGAACAGUGGGAAUGUGAAUUGGAUAAAUUCUUCCAAAGGGCUAUGAUUUCGAAGUUCAACCCAUUGAAAUAUUGUGAUGAAACGGUGGUGUAUAUCUUUGCCAAAAUUGCAACCAAAUUGAACGUAUGUUAUUGUUACUCAAUAAUUGAACACAACAAAAGAGAAAGAAUGAUUCAAACAAAUGGUGGCUCUAGUUCUUUACCAUCUGCAGUUAGUAAUUUUAAGGCAAAGCAAGAGUUUUUGGACUUAGAGGCGUACUUCCCUUUUGAUCCAUUAGUGUUGCCAACAUGCAAAAAGUUAAUUACUACUAACUAUGUGGAAUGGUCAGAUGUUAAUCCAAGUAAUGACGACGAAGAUGACGAGGACAGUGGAAGUCAUCAAGAUGACAUGGAAAGCGACGAUGAAGAGAUAACUAGUGAAAGUGAUAAUGAAUGA